AUGCCGAUCUUACCUCUGCAUCGAAAACCCUCGCACAAUUGUCUCCAUGAUCCGUCGCUAUCCCACAAUAAUCUUCGAACUGUUUACAACACCUACACCACAUUUGCCUAUCAAUGCCACCAAGCCACUGUCUCAGCUCUGUCCACUAAGCUUCAGAAGCUGCUAAUGUUGUACCGCAGGUUGCUGUUGUCGAAACUGGUACAUAUCGGUCCGGAUUUUGGCUCCCCUCCUAAUUUCAGGUCUCGGCUCUGCAACGAUUAUCCCGACAAGUUCAAGAUUGUGGAUACUUCCUACGGAAGAGCUGUAGACCUUGUCUCGUGGGAUCACGAAUUGGCGAAGCAAAUGCCGUCUCCUGAGGUUGAUAGGGGUUUGAUCGUUGAUCGUCCUUUGCGGUAG